ACUGAGCAAAUGGUAAAUGGUCUGUAAUUGUAUAGCGGCUGCCAUAUGCCGGCGCCUCUGACCACCACCAGCAGGCGAGGCGACUUAUCCAAGGACACAACAGAUGUUGCUCAAUGACAACGUCAGAGACGGACAAAGCGGGGAUCGAACCAGCAACCCACCAAUUAUGGAACAAACUCCUACCACUGUCGCCACCAAAGACUCGCAGAAGUAAUUUUAGCAAAAACUGCCUCUACAAAAUACUGAGUUACUUGGCAGAUUUUAAUUUGUUAUAAAAAAAUCUGUUUUCCUUACUUUUCCACCUUCUAAAUAAAUCAAUAAAAUCCCAAUACAGUUCAUACUUUUGCACUGUAGUUCCAAACAGCAACACAACUCAUAGUGCAUGUUGACGGUUUCUCUAUCCUGCCCAAUGCCUGCAAGUGACACAGUAGCUAUCUAUAGCCUAAGCUAUUUUCAGACCAGGCAGGCGGGGCGCAGUUCAGCUCAUACUUAAACUCAUGUAGUGUUAGAGGGGAAAAUGGCUAAUCUACACUCAAGUCAUGCACCAAAUAAUUACUUGGGGCCUGUUUUAGAAAGAUGAGGUCUUUGUUUGAACGAUCAUGGAAGCGCCUGGGAGCCUGGGAAUCAGCCAGGAUAUUAAAGCCGAGAAUCCAACUGUUGAUCUGGAGGAAGCAGAGGCAGACUGGGUGAGAGUGAGAGUGGAGGAAAGCUGGUUCCAUCUUAACCGUGGGUUUCUUGUAAGGCACAGCGACUAUUUCCGAGCUCUCUUUCACUCAGGGAUGAAAGAAAGCCAGGAAGAGGAGCUAUAUCUGAGAGGAGGCGUGCACGCAAGAGGUUUCCUUAUUGCGCUUGCCGUCUGCAGGGAUGAGAACCCCCCCAUCAGGGACCCAGAAGAGCUUGUUGAAGCCGUAGAGUGCGCUGCUUUCCUGCAGAUCCCCACUUUGACUCGGCAUCUUUGCGACAUCAUAGACUCGGAUAACUGCCUCUUGCUUUACCACGCGGCUUCCAUCUUCGGAGUGCACAGACUGUUUCAGAACGCUGCUCUCUUUCUCUGUGAUGCUUUUGAUGACCUCAAGGAAGCAGCAGAAGGCACAAUUCCUGAAGAGCUGCUCAAAUACUCUCAAACGCUCUCCCCUGCUAGUUAUAUUGCCAUAGGGACCCAUACGCCAUCAAUGGAGCUGCUGCAGGACUCUUUCAGGGUUAUUUGCUUUCUUGAUGAAAAGGAAGGGGAGUGGAAGCAUCUGACAAACCUGCCAAUUCUUUGCAGUACCUCCAGGGCUGGGGUGGCCGUGCUUGACAAUCGGCUGUACAUUGUUGGGGGAAUUUACGGCUAUGGCAAAGACACAGUGGACAGAAGCUUCUGCUACAAUCCAGAUUCAGGGAUAUGGACAACUCUUCCAGGUCCACAGCAACCAAGAUACGACUUUACGCUGCUUGGGCAUGAGGGGCGCCUAUACGCCAUUGGUGGAGAAGCUCAAAAACAGAUAAUUUCUACAGCAGAGAAGUACGACGCAGCAAAGGGAGAGUGGACGUUUAUCCAACAUGCACCCAGACCUGUAGCAUCAGCCGCUUGUGCUGUUGCUCGUCAGCGAAUGUUUGUUUGCUUCUGGAAACCCCCCGACACUACAGAUAUCUAUGAGUACAUGCCACUAAAAGACAAGUGGAGUCUCACCACCACCAUGAUCAGACCGCAAAGCUACGGCCAUUGUAUGGUGGCCCACAGGGACAAUUUGUAUGUGAUGAGGAACGGGCCUUGCGAUGACUUCCUGCGCUGCCUGAUGGACUGCUACAACAUUACGACUGGCCAGUGGACCGCCAUGCCCGGACAUUACAUAAACAGCAAAGGGUCGCUGUUCACCGCGGUGACAAGAGGGGACUCUGCGUUCACAGUGAAGCACAUGUUGACUCUUGAAUACACCAUCACGGCAAAUGGAUGGAAACCCCACAGACAGAUGAAGGGAUUCCCAAAGAGUGGUUCACUAUGGACUUGUCUGCUUAGACUCCCCAAGACCGGACCAGUUACACCAGAACUGGAUGUGGAUGAGAGACAAAGAGAAAUCGCUUUGCCAGACAUUUCAGAAAGAUUUGUGGAUGUUAUACAACAGAUGUGAAGUUACUCCAACUGAGAUAGAAUGAUUAAAAGUCUAAGAGCUAAAAAAAAAAUGGGAAUACUUCUGGACAUUUUUAACAGAUAAAUACUCUUCACACAUUCACUUACUCACAUACACAACACAUACACACAAAGAUGUGCUGACACCAAAGAUUUGCUCUGAUUAGCAACAGCUGCUUCUGUGGUUUAGAUCAGGAAAGGCCGCUGUGUCUGUGUGUGUAAAGUUCAAAGGGGUUGAUGGGAUGCUCUGAGCCUCUCAUUCUCUGCCAUUUUCCCGGAGUCGCACUGGGCCAAUUCAGGAACCAGUAAUUUCCCGGUCAACACAAAGGCCUAACACUCACACACUCAUGAGCAAUUGCUGCUUUAGUGUGCGGUCGCUUGUUUCUGUGACUUAUAGGCUUGUAAACAGUCUAGAAUUUUUUUCCUUGUCUGUUUCAGUUAAAUAAAAGCAAAUAUCAUUAGGUUUGCAUUAUAUUAGUGAUAGUAAUGUCUAUUAUUACAAUGCCUUGCAAGAGUAUUUACAGACCUUGAACGUUGUUACUGCUUGUAAAGUUACAAUAAAAAAUACUUAAUAACUCAAGUGGAGGAAAAAUUACACUUCAUUUUCAAAUUAAAAUCAUGAUAUGUGUUAGAAUUGCCUAGUUAAAGUCCAGAUCUAAAUCUAACUGAGAAUCUAUGACACAAGUUGAAACUCUGUUCACUGACAGUCUUCCUCAACUACUGAAUUCAACUGAUCAAAACUGCCAAAUGUACAAGAGAAUUCAGUGUUUCCAUUAUGUGCUUAGUGCAAACAGUAUCAUACAUAAUAAAACAGGCAGUGAGACCAAUAGUGCCAUGUGACUGAGUCUGAGCUAAAGAUAAACUGAAACCAACAUCAAACUCUAAAUUUGCACACAUAGAAGACAACCCACCAAAUUGCAAAAGACAAACAUGUAUCCUUUUUUAUUUACUUUCUAAUUAUGCACUGCUUUUGUUAUUCUACUCCUAAUAAAUGGCAACAAAAUAUAAGGAAGUUUGUAGUUUUAAUGUUACGACAUUUCAAGGGGUGUGCAAAACUUUUGCAAGACAUUUAAUGUCAACAUGUCAAAUAUCAAAUACCACUGAACUCAUUUCACAAACCUGAGAAUUUAAUGAUUUUCACCGACCCUUCCCUUUGAUUUAAAUUCAGUUUCUGGAUGUCACUGUUAUCUGCAAAGUUUAAAAUCUCAUAAUUCUUUUCUGUGAUGGAACGGGAA